UAAGGGGCCGGCAGCAUGACACGGUGAUUCCAACGCCUGCACUUCCGGAAACGACCUGCGCGAUCUCGCGGUGAGCUCGACUCCGCGUCGGAAAUCAUCACCGUCGCCGCGGGACGAGGAAAAACUCGACGCGCGGGCGGACCGGAGCGGCGAGGGGAGCACAGACGAGGUAUAUCGGGCCGAUAAGAGCGCGAUAAGCGUGUACCGCGUUUUAUAAACGUCCACGCGUGUGCGCGCUUCUCCUUUUCUUUCCGUUUCUUUCUCUCUGUCUCUCUCUCUCUCUCUCUCUUGCGACCUCGUCGUCGCGCCGAUAAAAGACGAAUCCGGGGUUUUUCUCGAGGACAGCGUCGCCGUGCCAGUUGAAAGCCGACGAUGCCCCGACGCGGUGAUCGGGACGCUGCGAAACAAACGGGGGUUAAUGUCCGAUUUUGACAAGAUUUGUUUCACUUGAUAACGCGAUUGCAGUCGCGUCGCCCUCGCCGUGCUCAAAGCGACAUCGAUGCCUGGCGGUUUCAUCCGGUUCGAUUUGGAGGUGAAUCACUCGUAUGGAUAACGAACCCGCGGACUGAGUAAUCGCGAUUGAUAUCGGAUAAUCUUAUCGUCUAUCAAUGUUUGUCCAUAGAUCGGGACUUACGUGUUGUACAAUGUGUAACUAUCGACGUGGCUUCUCGAUAUAGCGGGGAUAAGCGGGUUUAAUCGAUGAUCAAUGCUGAGUUAUCGAAAAACGGGCGAUCGACGCGUCACGUGAAAAUAAUCGAAGGCGAGCGUCGAAGUCUCUCGAAGCUCAUAUUGAUUAUCGUGUUGUCUGGAUGAGCGCACAGCGUGAUGAGCAGCAUGCAGACAGUCGCGAGCGAGAUAAUCGGCCCCGAGCAGCAGCCGCAGGAGGAAAUUCAGCUGACCGAAUUGCAGCCCGUGAAACAGUCGCGCAUCAGAGAGAACAGCUUGAAGGAUGCCGACGCGACCGACGCUCUGCGGGCGCUCAGAAGUUUCUCGGGUGAGUGCAACGACGAUGAGAGCUUCGAGCUGCAUCGAGAGCAGUUCGAUUUUCGCAAGGGUGGCGCCGAACAGUCGGAACGUCAGGGCGGCAAGCGUCGGCGAGCGGAGACUCGUCGGAGGAGAACGGCCGAGUCGAGGAACAGCGUCGAAGAUUCCGACGAAGAGAAGAACGACGACGAGGCGGCGAGAAAAAAGAGAGCGCGAGGCGGCAAGAAUAACGUUUGCGCGAAAGCGCAACCGAAGAAGAAAUUGACGAGAUCGAGCAGGAAGAAAAGCGACGGAGAGAGCAAUCAUGGAACAAACGGCAAGUCCACGAAGAAGGAUGGCGAAAGCAAAGAAAAGCGCGUGUCCGACUAUGAGGAGGACAGCGACGAAUACCUGGAUUUGGACAAGACAGACUGCUUCAAGGACGAGAUUUAUGUGUACAGACGAGAGACGCCGUUGGACCCGAGCUUGAAUUCGGAGUCGGAGGAGCCGGGAGCGACGAAUCGCGAGAUGCAGCGGGACCCUUGCGAAAAGAAGCACGCCACUACGGACGGUGAUCUGUUCGACGAAGCCUUUCAGAAGAAAACAUACGCUGAGAAUAUUUGUACGGACGAGAAGCAAAAAAAGUGCGCGUCCAGCGUGGACGACGGGAUCGCCGAGAAGGAGGACGCCGCGAAAGAAUUCGGCCAGAAGAUCGACGCUAUCAUCCAAGCUAAUUACCAGCGCGAGAACAACAACGUCGUCGGGCUGCAGAUCUCGGAGGAGUCCUCCGCCGCCGCGUCGAUGAACGCGGAGAGCAGCGACGCGGUCGACAGCAGUGACAGCGGCGGCGAGACGAAGAAGACGAAGAAGGCGAGGCGGAAGAAGCCCGAGCAGCAGGCGAAAGAGGCGGCGAACAAGCAGAAGAAGCACCGUUGCGUGGUGUGCGAGAAGCGCUUCACGGGCCGGGGCGGCCUGCGGGAUCACUACAAGGUGGUGCACGGCGUCGGGCCGGUAUUCAUAUGCGACCAGUGCGGCAAGGAGUUCGCGCUGAAGGAGCGCCUGAAGCUGCACAUGCGUACGCACACCGGCUUCAAGCCGUACAAGUGCUCGGAGUGCGACAAGAGCUUCGCGCGCGGCAGCCAGCUCCAUCAGCACCGUCGCCGGCACAGCCAGAUCAAGCCGUACACCUGCGAGCUGUGCUCGAGGAACUUCACGUGCGCGGCCAAUCUCUCGGUGCACUUGAAGCGCCACAGCGGCCAGAAGGAUUAUCUCUGCGAUCUGUGCGGACGCGGCUUCCUGCGGCGCGACGCCCUGAAGAAGCACCUGCAGUGCCUGCACCGCGACGUCAAGUCCUUCCUCUGCGUCGUCUGCAACAAGACGUUCAAGGGCCACCUGUCGCAGCACAUGAGGACACACGCGCGCGACCGUCCGUACGGGUGCGCGACGUGCGGCCAGCGUUUCGCCCAGAAGUCCCAGCUGACGGUGCACCAGAGGACCCACACGGGCCAGCGGCCGUUCCGCUGCCUCGUCUGCUGGCAGGCCUUCGCCCACUCGACUGCGCUGAAGCUGCACACCCGCCGCCACACCGGCGAACGGCCGUUCAAGUGCUACGAGUGCAACACCGGCUUCACGCAGCUGCCGCACUGGAAGAAGCACAUGCGAUGCAUACACGGCAGGGACGAUCCGUACGGCUGCCGGUACUGCGAGAGCUUCUUCAAGAUGAAGAGCGACUUGGAGACGCACGAGAAGACCUACCACCCGACGGAGGUCGAGGCGGAGGAGAACGGCGACGAUGUCAAGCUGAUCAAUGGCUCCGAUAUUAUAAUCGAGAAGAAAUCGGUCACCGCCAAGUACAAGCUGAUGACGGUGGAGAAAAUGCGACUGCUGCUGGCGGUGCUGCUGAAGAAGAUCAGCAAGCAGGAGCGACUGGACGAGCUCGGCUUCGGUAAACGUCUCAUCGACGACGUCCUCAAGGACUCACUGGCGUCCGCCGGUAAGACACCGAUCACGAAGAAGGGUCUGUCUGAACUCGAGGCUCUCACCCAGAAUCUGGAGAUCUUCCUCGAGUGGACGGUGCCGAAAGAGCACUGGGAGAAUUUUCGUAAGAAGGAAAAGUCGCCUGGAGAUAUUCUGGAAGCGCUCACAGCUGAGUAAACGUGUUUCUUUGUUGCUGAUAACUUUGUUAUCUUGUGAAGUUUACGAAGGAGCGAGAUCAAAUCGGUAGUUAAAUUAUCCGCGAAUUCACGCGAACGAUAAAAGUCUUGCACUAAAAUUUAAUCAUUUGCAGUCAAUUUUUUCUUCUUUCCACUGCGAUCUUUCACAUAAUUCUCUUUCCACCGAUAUGCUUUCCAUUUCAUUAUCUUCCGAUUUAUCGGAAAAAUUCUGAAAGUCAAAUAAAAUGCCAAACACCUGCGACGAUCGACCGACAUGAUCUCUUACAGUCUUGGUGAAAAAUAAAUAAUGAUAACUCUUGCGCAAGAAUUUUAAGGCAUUAUCGAGUCGUAUUUCUAGUUACGUCAAUCAACAGAAAGUGAAGCAAUCAAGGCUAAAAUCAUCAAUGUAACAAUUUCUCUCACGUAUUCCUUUUACCGCUCUGGGCUGCGCGUGUUUCCGUGUGAUAUCUAAUCGAUGGUAACUAACGAACGUUAAAGUAAUCUGUAGUGCCAUGUGUCAUAAUACUUGCCAUACUAAGCCAGUGAGUGUGCCGUAUUGUUUAGAAGCUAAGCAAGCUCCCGUUUCAUUUGUAGCGUUAGAUAAAUUGACGGAGCGGCGUAUUGAAGGGAAAGAUCGUGUCUUUCAAGAGGCGGAAGCAAAUCCAGCGCACUCCUACGCGAUUUUAUAUAGCGACUGAGGUAGAGCUAGAUGUUUUCUUGCCAUGUUUGUUGAAACGUGUGUGCUUGCACACGAAUGCACAUUAGUGAGGAGUAGAAAAGGAUCGUUGCACUUACAUUUUAUCCUAAACACAAGCACUUCUCGUCAACUAUAUACCAAAAAUAAUACGAGGCUAUCAUUAGUUAUUCGCAAUUAUGUUUUUUCACAUGCAAUUGUUAUUAUUCCGUAUAUAUUUAUACAAAUAUAUUCAUAUAUAUAUAUCUAUUAUAUACACAUUUAUAUAAAUUUAACAUUAUUAUAUUAUGAGAUUCUUUUAUGUGUUCACGAGCGAGCGCUGAGUAUCAAAGACUCUGUUACGAUUAUGCGGCGCGUUCCCGUUUGUAGUUGAUUAUUCGUGACUUAUCUCACGCGCUCGCGCGUAAUUAACGAUACGGUUUGAUUGGUCGCGGAUGAGCAAACAGAGUCGCCGUGCCGUGCCAUUGCCGUUACUUUAGAUAGUCGUAUGUAAAUGUGAGCAGACAAUAAUGAACGAAGGUUGCAAGAUUUAGUAUAAAUUGAACGUGGAGGAGAAAAAAGAUAUAUAUUAUAUCCAUAUACACGUACACAUAUUAUAUAUAUUAGCAUUAUGUACACGAUGUGUUGAUGGCCGCGAGGGAAGAGGAACGCGAUUUUUUAUCUCGAUUCUGAAGAUGCCAACUCUUGGGAGAAAUGCUUGCAGCAUGAUUUCAUCUCGGUGAAAAAAUUAUAAAUGUGCAAUAACGUAAAUUUAUUGUAUCAAACUCUGUAGUUGUUCGAUAGAAAUAUUCUCUUCUCUCUUGCUUAGCGCGUAAAAUCAAAAUUACCUUGGUACUUUUAGAAUUGAGUGUUUAAUGCGAAGUUCCUUUCCUCGACCAACCAUUAGAAUAUUUGUCGAUCGUACGUGCGGCUAAAAAUAGUGAAAAAUGCUGCGGUUGGCGGUGCUACUUCGCGCAAUAGAAUUGUUCGAAAUUUGAAAACUCAUUGUUUCGAGAACGAUUUGUUUUCAAUUUUUCUUUUCGAUUACGCGGAACGAUCAAGGCGUGUUAUAUCGAAUCCAAAGACUUUGUUGUUUUCAUUGCCAGAUAUAUGAUGUAUGCGCUGUUUGAUAUAUCAAUUUUAUUUUCAGUUUUAUUACUAGCAGGCAUCGAAAUGUACUUCUGCGUUGUGCGUCUCCGUAAAAUAAAAAGGAAGAAGCGUCGAACGAGCAACGCGUUUUAUUUAUGCGUAUGACGCAUCUUGAUGUAUUAACAUAUGAGUGCGCGGCGCAUGUAGUGACGUUUUGAAAUUUAUUCGAAAGAUUGAAAUCGCCUCGGUUUACGCGGAUGCAAAUAAGGGUCGGAGUGCAUUUUGAAUAUAGAUCGAGGUCAGAGAGGAGCCGUCGCGAAUGUUCGAUGGAAAGCGCAACUUCUUAUACUCUCUUGAUAAAGUCUGCACUUCGGUGAUUUUAAGUUACGGUGCCAAAGCAAAUAAAUAGCGCGCUCACGAGAAUAAUUGGUCUGCGUUACCUGCUUUCUCAUGAAUUUUGUUGUCGCUAUUGUUUUCGCUCGAAGUUACGAGAUUGUAUUUUAAUCACAUGCUUUAAUCACAUGAUUUUUCCUGAUGCCUUUACGUUCAACAUCGGCGAAGAAAACUAUUGUUUUUCUUUAGUGCCAUAAAUAAUAGUCAUGUUUGUAUAUUAAUAUAUUAUACGAUGGAGAAGGCGAAUAAACAUUUUUCUUUA